CAGGCUCUCAUUCGAGUACUGGAGGGAUUUCUCGUUUACUUGCUGAGCAGCUGCUAGCACAUUAGCAACAUAACAAGAACUUAUCAGUUCCCGACAGACAUUUUAUCGUAAAUAAGCUAGUUCUGGGCUCUUGUGUCUUUACUACAACACCAGUAAACCCAAAAUGGACUUGGAAGAUGACACAACCAUUUUGAGCACCUUAAAAUCUUUCAACACUUUCAUCAGUCGUCCUGAGCGUCCACAGCUGCCGUCUGAGCGCUCAGCAGGCAGUGGAGUUCUUCAGAGUCAGUACAAACGCAGCAUGGAGAUUUUGGAAGCAGCAGAGAGGGUUCACUCUCAGAAUCGCUUUCUGCAGUUGGACCAGGAGAAGAAACAGAUGGAACUGAGCCACAAGAGAGCUCGUUUUGAGCUGGAGAAAGCGGCUUCCAACAGUGCACGAGACUUUGAGCAUGAGUUGGACAGAAACCAGGAUCUUUUGGCCAGAGUUAAAAAGUUGGAAGGGAGGGAAUUUGAAGCGGAUAAAAACUUAUCAGACCAGGUUGAGGAGAACCAAGUUCUCCGUAGGAAUCUAGAGGCCGUGAACAAAAAGCUGGAGGAGCGAGACACCAAGCUGAAUACGGCUAACAAGACCAUAACUUCUUUGAAAGAUGAGCUCAGAGAGUUGAGGCAGAAAAUUCAAAACCAAGACUUGGUGUUCUCAGCCCAAACCUUGGAAAAACAGGAGCUACAGGAACAGCUGGAUCUGCAGCGCAGGAAAUAUCAGGAAAUCUCACAACUAUGUCAAACUCUCCAAGCUGCCCAGUCUUUAUGCUCAGAGCACAUUAUAAAAAUAAAGGAGCUGGAGAGGCGUCUUAUUCUGCAGGAACAAGACAUGGCAAUCGUGAAGACUAUCAAGUCGGAGGCGGCGAAAGUUACAGAUCUGGAAAAAGAGUUGAAGCGCCUUCGAGAAGAAAAUUCUUUUCUGAGAGAGAGCAGAGAGAAUUACAACCUGUUGAAAGAAGAAGCAGAAGGACUUCGUAAAAAACUGGAAAGGAUGGAGAAAACCAAAGAAGAGCUCGUCAAUGUGGAACUUGAAAAACAGAGGUUGGUUGAAAAGCUCCAAGCUUGGGAGAACCUUGGGCAAUCAACUGGACUCAACAUAAGGAAACCGGAGGAUCUAUCCAGGGAGGUGAUUCAGAUUCAGCAGAGAGAAAUUGCCCUGAAAGAGCAGAACUACACACUCAACAGCCGUGUGAGGAGCGUGGAGCGUUUGCAGUCUGAGCUCCGUGCAGAAUUAACCCAGCAGUGCACCAAGACUAUGGAGGAGCAGAAGAAGAGAGAGGCGCAGGACGCUCUGGUCCGCCGCCUGCAGAAGCGAGUUCUGCUUUUAACUAAGGAACGGGAUGGGAUGCGUUCAAUACUAGAGUCUUAUGACAGCGAGCUGGCAUCUACAGAGUACUCCCCUCAACUUAACAAGCGACUCAGGGAGGCAGAGGAAGUACUGCAAAGGACACAGAACCAUAACUCAGAGAUGGAGGCUCAGCUGACUAAAGCAGAGGAGGAUGUGGGGGCACUCAGACUACAGUUACAAAGAGUGGAGAUGGAGCUAGAUUCUUUAAAGAAACAGCCAGCUUCUUCCCCUGAAAGCAGCUCUUCAGUGAGCAAAGAAGAAGAAAACACUCUCAGAAAGAAAAUUGAAGAUUUGGAGGCAGAGCGGCAACGUUUGGAGGAACAGAAUAACAUUUUGGAGAUGAGACUAGAGAGAAACAACAUGCAGGGAGACUAUGAUCCAGUAAAGACCAGAGUUCUUCACUUUAGAAUGAACCCCUCCAGUGUUGCCAAGCAACAGCGGCAGCAGGAAGUGGAGACUCUUCGAGAGGAAGUGACAACUCUGAGGGAACUUGUACGUUCCUUGCAGGAAGGAGGUGGAAUUCUGCAUGCACAAGACAGCUCGGGCAUUUACACCCCCAAUAUCAGCCUCAGUUUACCGCCAUCCAAGGAGGUGCAGGAUCUACGUAAGCAGAUGGAGAGCUCUGAGCUGAGGAACCAAAGACUGAAAGAAGUGUUUCAAAAGAAGAUUCAAGAGUUUCGCACCGUCUGCUAUGUCCUGACUGGCUACCAGAUAGACAUAACCACUGAAAACCAAUACAGACUCACCUCAGUCUAUGCUGAGCACAUGGAUGACUCUCUGCUUUUCAAAAAGGGCUCCAAAGGAAGUAUGCAGCUCAUGGAAACCGAGUUCUCCAAAACUCUGGGAGAGAUGGUGGACCUUCAUCUGCAUCACCAGAAAAGCAUUCCUGCCUUCCUCUCCGCCGUGACGCUCGACUUGUUCGGCCGACAAACCACCAUUUGAGCUGAUCCAACAUCCUAGAGAUUGUGUUGCUUUUUUGACAAGAAUUGGAUUUGAUUGUGAAUCCACAGAUUUUCCUUGUGGCUUUCAUCAUUCUGAUAGAAAUUGUGAGUGCUGCAUUGUGGGAAAUGACCACCUAACAUGAUUAAAAUCCAUUUAAAUUUCAUUCAUCUUGUUCCUACUCUAAAUAUUGAAGUGAUUCCCGGCAAAACAGCAUUUCUCUAAGGAAACAUUGUGAUCAAAAUGUGGAGCAGCAGUGGUGACGUGUGGUUCUCUAGAUCUCUGUGCUUUCACUUUGGUUCCUUUCUGGGGCCUCGUAAAAGAAUUGUUUGCUAGGGAUUUUUGGUCUUUCAAAAAUGAAAAAAAGUUAUGUAGUAUUGGAGUAGGAUUUAUGUUGUCUGUUUUUUAUUCUAUUGUAUUUCUGUCUAGUUUUAUGUUGUUGAACACAAAAAGACAAAAUUAAUCUUGUUUUCUUAGCACAUAAACCCCAUAAAGCCAAUUAAAACCAUAAGACUGCUUUUUAAAACUGUACUAACUUCAUCAUGAGGUUUCUAAAUAAAGAAUACAUGGAUCAAAUGA